AAUCAAAUAAAGGGAGGGUGAGACAAUCAAGCCUUCUUACAUGGCUCUCCCAUUUUUCUUUCUUUUUGUGCCAGUUUGUCACUAUAUAUACCAUAUAAAUCUCUCUCUCUCUCUCUCUCUUUCUCUGUCUCCAAUCUCCAUUAAGUUCUCUCUCUCCAGCUCAAUCUACAGCAAACACUCACAUGGCUUUAUCAACCAGUUUCCACUUCACCUCCCAACCCCCUCUUAAAGUCCUCUCUGUUUUAUGUGUCAUCUUCCAUCAAAUUUAACUUCAUUUCAUAUUAUUAGUCCUUGUACAAAACCAUUUUCAACAUUCUUUCUCAAUACCUACAUUCCAUAGCUUCUUUCACUAGUCAACUCAUCUGAUCACAUUCUCACUCUCAUUCCAUGCCACCCCAGAUCUUUAUAUCCAUUCAUUUUUAAUUAAAUCUCUCUAAACUCUAAGCCAGUAGAGUUUCAUUCCUAAAUAUGAGAAAAUUUCACAAGCUUCUGCUAAUUCUUGGAAUACCCACAUCAUGCAUCAUACUACUUCUUCUCUUCAUAAUUUAUUUCUGGUUUUUCAAGAAAAGGCCAGCUAAAGAUGAGCUUAAAGAAGCAAACUUUGAUGAGUCUAAUGAAAGAGAUGAUCUUGGUAAAGAUGACAUUUUGAUCAAGUUUCAAGGAGGUGAAAAUCUAGUCCAUGAUAUUUUAGAUGCUCCUGGUGAAGUUAUUGGAAAAUCAGGCUAUGGCACAUUGUAUAGAGCCAGUUUGGUGAGUGCUGAUACAGUAAUGUUGCUAAGGUUUUUGAGGCCAACUUGUACUGUUAAAUUAGACCAAGUUGUGCCAUUGAUACAGGCUUUGGGGUCCAUUAGGCACCCAAAUUUGGUGCCACUUUGUGCUUUUUAUGCAGGACCAAGAGGUGAAAAACUUCUGGUGUAUCCAUUUUAUUCCAACAGAAAUUUGGCCCAAUUUAUCAGAGAUGAAGAUGGUGAAUCUCACAAAUGGCAAGUCAUUCAUAGAAUCUCUACUGGUAUUGCUAGAGCAGUAGAUUUUCUUCAUAAAGGAAUGCAAAAGCCUCUGAUUCAUGGAAAUCUCAAGUCGAAGAACAUAUUUUUAGGUCACGAUUACCAGCCGCGUGUAUCAGAUUCCGGCAUACAUCUGUUAUUGAAUCCGACAGCAGCACAUGAAAUGCUUGAAGGGUCUGCAGCAGAGGGCUAUAAAGCCCCAGAAUUGAUCAAAAUGAAGGACACGAGUGAACAAGCUGAUAUCUACAGCCUUGGAGUAAUCUUACUUGAAAUGCUUUCGGGCAAGGAACCAGUCAUUGAUCAAGAUCUUUACUUGCCUAGCUCCAUGAGGGCUGCAGUUCUCGAUCACAGACUAUCUGAUCUAUACCAUCCUGAUAUAUUACUUGGCAAAAACAAUGGUCAAAAACCAGUCAGUGAAGAGAUUAUCCUUAAGUUCUUUCAGCUUGCUAUGUCGUGUUGCUCGCCAUCGCCUUCCCUUAGACCAGAUAGUAAGGAAAUCCUCAAAAAGCUUGAAGAGUUAGCAUAGCUAAUCAAGCUCUGAUCUGUCAGGGGUCUUCAAGGAAACGGUCUCCCACACUUAUGCGAGUCGAGGUAAAGUUUGUAUACCUAAAAGACCCUACCCUACGAGCGGGAUACAACAAGUAUGGCUGAUUUGGUAAUCAAGCUUUGACAUAUUCGACAGCCAUUAUGAUUUAUGACAGUGAUGGGAACUGGCAUGGCUUGGGCUUCUUAGAAGAUAUUGCAAGGCAUGUUUGGGUUACAAAGCUAUCCAACUUUGGAUAGCUAAGCAUCGACAUCUGCAGAAACUUUACGUGUGUGGUACCAACAAGGAUUUUUGAGCUGGUGAUGUAUUUCUUAGAUCUGUAUACAAUUUGCUUAUUCCAAGAUAUCGACACUAAAGACACAAGAUUUUGAGAUUCUUCCUGCAGUUGUAGCUGUUUUGUACAGCAGAGCUUUCCUAUGGAACAAAAGAAACCACUAAAUCACUUUCAGUCUGUAAAUCGGAAUCAAGGGAACUUCUAAUAGCUAUAUCCGAGAAAUGGGAAAUAUU